CGUGACUUCAACUUCACUUUCAUCAGUUGAAAACGAUACCUCACCACCUACCCACCGACCGUCCGUAUCUAUCUCCAUUCUUCCUCUGCAUUUGUCGCCACCAUGGCCGACGCAGUUUCCAUCGAGCAGAACAACAAAAUCCGAGCCGCGCUCGGAUUAAAACCCCUGCCUGUUCCUGGCGCCGAAUAUGAAGACGACUCCGACGACUCGUCCGGCUCCGAAGAUGAAGACCCCGCCAGUACCCUCGAGUCGCGCGAAGCGAUGGCUGGAUCCAACUGGAAGAAGAUGCAGGAUGAUGCCGAGGCGAAACGGAAACGGGAAGAGAGAAACGCUGCGAUCAAGCGGGCACGAGAGCUGGCGCAGAGAGAUGCCAAGUUACAAGGCACCACGCUGGGUGAAUCGGGCGAUGCGGACCAGGAUACCAAGGCGUGGCUGAUGCAGGCGAAGAAGCGACAGAAGAAGAUCGAGAAGGAGCGGGCGCGCAAGCUGGCGGAGGAGCUGGAGGAACGGGAACGUGCGGCGGAAUACACGGCGGUCGAUCUGGCUGGCAUUAAGGUUGGGCAUGAGGUGGGCGACUUUGAAGGGGGUGAGGAUCAUAUUCUUACGCUGAAGGAUGCGACGAUCGAUGAGAACGAGGAGGAGGGGGAUGAGUUGGAAAAUGUUGAUUUGAGGGAGAGGGAGAAGGCUACGGAGCGGACAGAGUUGAAGAAACGGAAGCCGGCGUAUGAUCCUACGGAAGAGAACUCGAGUAUCCUGGCACAAUAUGAUGAGGAGAUUGAUGGUAAGAAGCGGAAACGCUUUACUCUGGAUGCUCAAGGGUCUACGGUGGAGGAGCGGGAGGCAAAGAGACAGGAGGUGUCGGGCAAAUUGAACAAGAAUAUCGUCAGUUUGGAUCUGGAGACGGAGACGACGACACCGGCGUCCGACUACAUGGAUAUCAGCGAGAUCAAGAUCAAGAAGCCCAAGAAGAAGAAGGCGAAGGCUACGAAACAGAGAGCUGUUAUUGAUGACGACGAACUAUUCCCUACGACCGAGUCGACGAGUACCCCGAAUGACAACGCCAUGGAGGUUGAUACUAAUAACGGAACACCCGUUCCCGCGCCCGCCCCCAAGAAGUGGGCAAGUGAGGAUGUCUCGUUUGUCGAUGAUGAUGAUUUACAGGCCUCGCUUACCCGCCAGAGACGUGCUGCGUUUAAGAAGCGACAAAAAGUGCGACCGGAGGAUCUUGCUCGACAGCUCAGAGAAGAGGGUUCUCAGACACCGAUGGAAACAGGCACGCCCGAUGGGAACGAAGAAGAGCCCGGCCUCGUGAUCGACGAAACCUCGGAGUUUGUCUCCAACCUACAGAAACCUACCCUUCCAGAGCGCCGCGAGAGACAAACCACGACGCCCGCCGAGGAGUCACGUGCUAAGAGUGAAGGCCCCAGCAUCAAGGCAGAGGACGAGGAUGUGGAAAUGGGGACCUACAAUGAUAUCGAGGACGAGGAAGAUCUCAAAGAACGGGUCAAGCGCGAGGAGUCGCAGGCCCAGCAACAGAUCAGUACUACAGGUUUGGACGAGGAAGCGACUUUGGAUCAAGGUCUCGGCGCUACGUUGAACAUGCUCAAACAGCGUGGUCUGGUCAAGGGAUCCGACGCCGCAGACAACAAUUCUCUACUGCGCGACCGCCAUCGCUUCCUGCAGGAGAAGAUGCGCAUGGAGACCGACGCGGAGAAACGCGCUCGGCAGCAGCGUGAACGCGACCGCGCCUCAGGCAAGCUGGACCGGAUGUCAGCGCGCGAGAGAGAAGAAUACGCUCGGUGGGAGAACAAGCAGCGCGAUCAGCAGGAGGCGCGACACAUGGCAGAGGUGUUCAACCGCGAAUACAAGCCGGACGUGCAGCUCAAGUACGUGGAUGAGCACGGUCGCGCGAUGAACCAGAAGGAGGCAUUCAAGCACCUCAGUCAUCAAUUCCACGGCAAGGGCAGUGGUAAGAUGAAGACAGAGAAGCGGUUGAAGAAGAUCGAAGAAGAGAAGAAGCGCGAGGCGAUGAGUGCGCUGGACAGCAGUCAACACACGGGUAUGAACAACGCCAUGGGAGCGACAGCGCGCAAGAACCGCCAGGCCGGUGUGCGACUUGGCUGAGAGUGGUGUUGCUUCUCUCGGGUUGUUGUAGCAGAUGAUGACCUUCACCGAACGACCUCUAUUCAGGAGGCACAUUAAUGAUCCUCAGCAGAUAUUUUUCUAGGCUAUGCGAUGUUUGUACAGAUUAUACC